AUGAAGGCGAGUUUAGCCAAUGCUUCUAAUUCUGGCCAAGCCGCUUCCGUUCUAGGAGGGCAGCCUAAUGGGGAUGUAAAUGGCUCGCCAACAGGGCAACAAACAAAUCCUAUUCCUACUACACAACCUACCGAUUCCUAUAUCCCAAGCUAUCUGAGUGAUUUGGUACCGGAAUUACGUCUGUACGAGCAACUAAAAGAGUCCGAGAGGAGAAUUGACGUUUAUCUAGCCCGAAAGAAGAUCGAUUUACAUCAAAGUGUGUCUCAGUGGAACAAUUCGAAGACUUCUCAGACACCUCAGAAUAAGAAAGACGUUAAGUAUCUGAGAGUCUUUGUUUCCAAUAUCGCGGAGAACCAACCUUGGCAAAAUCAAGAGAAUGAGGUUUCCGAAGGUACUUGGACGAUGAGAAUUGAGGGCAGAUUACUGGACGACAGGGACGUUCAGGAUGCCGAGAGACCCAAAUUUAGUUCGUUUUUACAAGCCAUAGCUGUGGAUUUCAAGAAACCGAAGAAGGAGUUAGAAAGGGAGGAGAAGCAAGAUGAACAAGAUGUGACUAUGGGCGGUGUCGAUGAGGAAAAGCCUGAAGAUUUGUUGAACCUUUCAUUGCCGCUUCAGUUACCUGAUGAUUCUGCGGAUCUAAAUGGUAGCGAGAGAACAAGAAUCCAGGAGCAGAAACCAAAUGCUGAACAGCAAGGUAGCGAGAUCGCCGAUGCGGUGGAGUGGCAUUUGGACCCAAAGAAUCCAGUAGAGUUUGAUGGUCUUGACAUCAAGAGGCCUGGAUCCGAGAACGUCGACUGCAUAAUAACAAUUCAGCAAAAGGGUCUGACUGGUGAAGACCUCGAAUAUUCACCUCAACUUGCAGCAUUGAUUGGUAUCUCCCACGGCUCCUUACAUGAAGCCGUAUACUCCUUAUACAAAUAUAUUUUGAUGAACGAGCUGCUUGUCAAUGACGAAACCAGUAUUAAGACCUUGUCUAACAGCCCAUCGGAUAGCACUAAUGGCGAAAAAACUAUGGUUCAGCUUGACGAAUCUUUACAAAAAUUGCUUCGCUCCGUCCCAAGCAACAAUGACGACUCCAUGCCAACCGUACUCAGACUUUCAGAAAUUCCACCUUUGAUCAACGCUCACAUAUCACCUAUGCCACCGGUCAAGAUCGACUACACCAUACGAGUAGACAAGGCAUCCACAUAUGGUGAAUUGGUAUUCGAUCUCGAAGUACCCAACCAAGCCUCAGGUAAGAAAACUAAAGACGAACUCGCGGCAGAAGGUGUUGCUCUCCUCACCGAUUUCAACAAGCUCACCACAGAAUUACAAGGUGAUUUACGGAAACUUGACGUUCGCACCAACGCCCUCCAACUCCAACUCAACGCCAGUGCGAAUAAAUACCAAUUCUACGACAAGCUCGCGCAGGACCCCACACAUUUCCUCAACGAGUACAUGGCCUCUACAGCGAAUGCUCUGAAGGUUUUAUCCGGUGACGAAGGUUUUAACGAAGACACUGUCAGAAAGUCUCAAUUUUACAAGGAGAACGAAACGAUGCUUUUCGAAAACCUUGGAGUACUACUGGCCAAUGGCAGAAUGUAA